UGCAGGCACAGACAGACAUGAGAUGUCUUCAUUGACAGAUGCCAGCUGGAGCUAACCCGCAACACACUACAGCCAUUUUUUUUCACCCUGGAGUGGACAUGGUCCAAUGGGCCACUCAUCUGGUGACAUGUGUCUGGAUACAGGCUCUAAUGUCUUCUGCAUUAGACACUUGUCCCCCAACGGCUCCCAUUGCUGUGGACUUCUCGGUGCCGUACCCCAUGCCUUACUUUCAGACCCGCAACCCCAUCCAGAACAUAGUUACCAACUUCCUUUUCCAAGAGGUCUAUGUGGCCUCUCAAAAUGUAAUUGAGGCAGUGAACAUCACACUAGGUAAACUUUGGGAACUCCGUACGGGACCCGUGGGCAGUCCGGAGUGUGAGAUAUGCAAUUUGUGUGAGAUCGCAAGAGAUCCCUUCCAUGAGGACACAGACAAUGAGGUGUUGCUCCUAGACACGUUCUUGAUGUACUUGUACUCGUGUGGAAGCUCCCAGUAUGGAGUUUGCUAUUUCCAUCAACUCCAUGAAAAUGGAAGGCCUCCUGGGACUUCAAAGUGUUUAUUCCGGAAGAAGUUCAACUCUCCACAGUUCUGCCCAGAUUGCAUCGCUAGUCCUUUGGGAACGAAAGUCUCCAUGGUGGAAGAGGGCCAAACGGUGUACUUCUUUGUCGCAGCAACAGUGAACACCAGCGUGACGCAAAAAUACAGUCGCAUGUCCAUUUCCGUACGCCGACCGGUUGCGACCGAGGAUGGUUUUUACACCGAUGUCAGAGGGUUGACGGUGUUGCCUGCUCUACGGCAGACGUACAGCAUUGAGUACAUCUAUAGCUUCUACACGCAGGACUUUGUCUACUUCUUGUCUGUCCAACGAGAGAAAACCAACUUGGACUCUUCGCCCUUUCAGACAAGACUAGGCCGUCUGCCACGUCACGAGUGGGAAAUGCGACGCUACCGUGAAAUUGUUUUAGAAUGUCGUUUUGAACCCAAAAGGCGAAGGAGAAGCAAUGGCAGUGAACCUUUUAAAGAUGUGGUCUACAACGUGGUUCAAGCGGCCCACUUUGGCAAGGCCGGACGGGAGCUCGCAGAUGAGCUGGGUGCUGAAGAAGAGGAUGAUAUCUUAUAUGGCGUAUUUGCUGUAACUGAUGACUCGGGCGUUCCUGAACACGAUUCAGCACUUUGUGCAUUUCCGAUGGAUACGGUAAACACGGCAAUAGACGAUGGAGUGGAGGACUGUUGCAAGUCGGGACCAGAGCAGCUUUCCAGAGGCCUUUGUCAUUUUCAGCCCUGUGAGAGCUGCCCACAUGAGAGCAUGGAGCACAAUAUGACCUGCAGAGAUCAGCCCACGCUGGUGUCUCAGCCAUACUACAGAGUCGACCUCUUCAACAGACAGAUGAGAGGCGUUCUGCUCACCUCACUGCUGGUCACCAGCAUUGAGAACAAGACAGUGGCUCAUAUAGGCACAUCAGAUGGGAGACUGCUGCAGCUUGUCCUGAGAAGAUCCAGCCCCGUCAUUUUUGCUAAUUACUCCCUUGUAGAGAACCAUAAGGUGUCGUCUACCGCAGCUGUUCUCUCGCCGGACCAUCUACUGUUUGUGAUUGGAGAUAAGAUGAUUCAGGUGCCUCAGAGGGGUCCGGGUUGUCGGCACUUCCUCACAUGCGCCAUGUGCCUGAUUGCACCAAAGUUCAUGGGAUGUGGCUGGUGCUCAGGUCUGUGCACCUGGGCUUCUGAGUGCAGGACACACUGGGGAAAUGAGUCAUGUCCGCCCGGCAUCACAGAGUUUUUCCCCAAAACAGCACCCCCUGAUGGUCAGAGUGAGAUGACUCUGUGUGGAUGGGAGUUCCAGUCGCCCCUGCGACCCCUCAUCACGGCCAGAACCCAUGAGGUGAAGCUGGGAGAAACCGCCUGUGUGGUCCAGCCUCACAAAAGCAACAGCACACACUUGUUGUGUAAGAUCCGUUCUGGGGCAACAGAGCCACUGUUUAAAACAGUGAACAUCACUGCUAAAGUGCAUGAGGGCCGAGUGGAGGGCCGAUAUUCCAUUGAAGGAAGUGCCGAGAUGCCCGGAUUCACCUUUGUGGUCCCAAACAUCACUGAAGUCCAGCCUGACUAUGGACCUGUGAAUGGAGGAACACUCAUCACCAUCACAGGCCCUUAUCUGGAUUCUGGGAAGAACAGGAAAGUUACGCUUGAUGGAGAAACAUGUCCAAUCAAAAGUGUAUCUGUGGUAAAAGGAAACCUGUCCUCCAUCGUAUGUCUGUCUCAACCUGUGACGGAGGUGAAAGACGUGGUGCUCCGUGUCUACAUAGAUAAGUCCCGUGUGGUGACCACUAAAGUCUUCCGGUACAAGGAGACCCCUGAGAUUCUUGCUGUGCUGCCCGAUUGCAGCUUUGACAGUGGGUCAAGAAUCAUCAUUGAAGGCCGAAAUCUGGACUCUGUCUACAGAACUAUCAUCUACUUUAAACCCAAAGAAAGCCACCUGAAACCUGUUUCCACUGAGUGCAGAGGUAAAGCCAAACCCACCCGUAUGGAGUGCAUCACCCCGGUCUUCCAUCGAGAUGAGACAGAAGAGGGUGAGCUCUCAUUUGACAUGGAUGGAGUGCUCGGCCUGUGGAAACAAGACUUCUCCUACCACCCCUAUGGCAGACCCAUCCCGUUUGAGACUGAAGGUCACAUACUGAGACUCUACCCUGGGUUUGAUGAAGUGUCCUUGCAUCACCAAAAGUUGAACCUCGUGAGUUCCUGCAUGUCAAUCACGAUGACAGUUGGAGAUGUUGACUGUGGUGCUAAAGUUUUAGAUAAUGAGAUCACAUGCAGGAUCCCUAAUAAUCUCACCAUUCCCAGUGAGGGUUUACCUGUGAAGGUAACAGUUAAUGGGUACACACAUAAUGUUGGCAUCGUAAUCUUGGUCAGUAACCACUAUAUGAUGGGUAUUGUGCUUGGCAUACUGGCAGCUCUGGUCACGGGUGCGGUUAUGGCCUUUAUUGUGCUGAAACACCUGAGAAAACAGAAAAAAGCUUCGCUGGCAGAAAAUCGUCUUUCUUACUUUUCUCAUAGUCGUUCACGUAAUAAUAGUGUGGAUUUAUGUCCCUUAGGAGACUACAGACGUGAACUGCCCCUCACAACCAUCACUGCACCUUCUGGGGCCGUGGCGUUCCCUGGCCUGGCCUACACAGGCACCCUGGACACAACCCUGACCCCUCUCAUGACCCCAGAGAAGAUAUCCAUCAGCAGUUUCCGCCUGGAGCUGCUGGAGGAGGUGAAGGAUGUGCUAAUCCCAGCCUCCAUGCUCAAGGUUCACCACCACCAGAUCAUAGGAAAAGGACACUUUGGGACAGUUUACCAUGGUUACCUCACCGACCACAACAACAGAGAAAUCCAUUGUGCUGUGAAAUCUCUUAACAGAAUAACGGAUGUGGAAGAGGUGGAGCAGUUUCUGAAAGAGGGCAUUCUGAUGAAGGGAUUUCAUCACAGUAAUGUUCUCUCUCUGCUGGGUAUCCUGCUUCCUGAAGAGGGACUUCCCUUGGUGGUCUUACCUUACAUGAAACAUGGAGACUUGCGUCACUUCAUUCGCUGUGAGAAGAGGAAUCCAACAGUUAAGGAUUUGAUUGGCUUCGGGCUCCAAGUUGCUAAAGGAAUGGAAUAUCUGGCACAAAAGAAGUUUGUACACCGGGAUCUGGCAGCACGCAAUUGCAUGCUUGAUGAAUCCUACACCGUAAAGGUGGCAGACUUUGGAAUGGCCCGAGAUGUGCUGGAGAAGGAGUACUACAGCGUCCAGGACCAUAGGAAAGCCAAAUUACCCGUCAAAUGGAUGGCCAUUGAGAGCCUGCAGACUCAGAAGUUCACGACCAAGUCAGAUGUGUGGUCUUUUGGGGUUCUAAUGUGGGAGAUGCUCACACGAGGAGCCAGUCCGUACCCUGAAGUUGACCCAUAUGACGUCACACAUUACCUCCUGAAGGGCCGACGGCUGCCUCAGCCACAAUAUUGUCCAGAUCCAUUAUUCGCCAUUAUGUUACAGUGUUGGGACCCCGACCCUGAGAGGAGACCGACCUUCUCCACGCUAGUGUCCGCAGUGAUGAGUAUUCUGUCCAGCCUGGAGGGGGAGCACUACAUCAGCCUGAAGGUCACAUACGUCAAUCUGGACCAGCCCCGCCCCUACCCUGCCCUAACAGACUCUGCUGAUGAAUACGAUUCGUCAGAUGCGGAUGAUGCAGGCUCAGUCUCUAGCUGAUUGACCAACUGGUUCGAUACUUGCGUUUUAGGCCUUGCUGACACAACAGUGUCUAGGUUUGAAACAGCAUGCUAGAACACUAUUUUAACAGUACCAUUUUAAAGGAAUCAUUCACCCAAAGAUGAAAAUUUGCUGAAACUUUUCUUAGGCCAUCCAAGAUGUAGAUGAGUUUAUUUGAUCAGAUGUUUUAGAUGAGACAAAACAGAUGAUAAAAACAUCACAAUAAUCUACAAACACUUUAAUUGUGGAUUUGUUUAUUAC